GAUCUAUCCCUCAACUUCCUCGGUUUCUCCACACGAAUUUUAUUUAAAUUCAGGUCAUUGAAGCCGCUGCCACGCUAAUUUCAUCUUAAAUUUUGGUCACUUAAGCCACCUUUGCCGCUGCUAGCGUAGAUAGCCUGAUCCCGCACCUCAAUUGCGUCGCGUAUUCAAAGGGUUUUUCGCCACGCAGCUGGUUCAAACACCGCAGGUGGGGUAAAAUUCUGGGUUGACGAUGGACGGUGGCAGUGCAGCUAGACUGUUGUAUGAGCAAUACCACCUGUAGGUCUUUUCUUCUUCUUCUUUCAAGGUGGUAGCAAGGUAGACAAAGAGUCAAGCUGCUAAGAGAUAGGCAAUGUGAUUGAGUUUAAUUUUCUUGAAUGACGAUAUUGUUUGCAAUGUGAGCAGGAGACUUAGAUGUUGGUUUUGAUGAAUUUCCAGUAGAUUUAGGCUCCGUUUGGUACACGGAAUUCAAACUAUGGAAUUGGAAUUAAGACUUCAAUUCCAAUUCUGGUGUUUGGUAGCACAAAAAUUAUGUGAAUUUGGAAUAGAUAGUGCAAAAAAUGAAUUGGAACUGGUUCCCUUCCGUAAUUAAGAAUCUUUUGUAACUAUUUAUACGAGGCUUCGUCCUCCAUUAUUACGGAGUAUUCAAUAGAAAAUAACAAUUCUUCAUGGUAUCGGAGUCUCUCGUUGCUCUCCGCCUCUCGUCCGACCUAGCGUAGGCAAAACCCUAGUCGCGCCGUCGCCACUCCUCUCUCUCAGCCGAACAGCUAUCAGCCGCCGAGCCACCCUCCUCCCUCGGCAGUGCUCAGCCGCUGUCUCUCCCCAGCGACUUCCUUCCCAUCGGCGAGCAACCCUCCGAUCAACAUGUCCGAGAAAACCUCGGUCACCGGCACGACGUCCUCUUCUCCAACUCCACACUUGGCAUUCACGACGAUCUUGAACGUGAAGCUCCAUGUGCCGAUUCUCCUAAGCUUCUCCGAGCCUAACUACAAAAAGUGGAGCCGGCUCUUCCUCCUCCUUAUUCGAAGGUUCUCCUUGGGUGAUUUCCUCACCGGCAAGUCGUCCCCGUCUAGCGCCGACGACUCGGAAUGGUUCCAACUUGACACUCUCAUACAAGGUUGGAUUCUCUCAACGGUUAAUGAUGAAAUCUGCGAUCUUGUUCUCUCCACAACCAACUUCGCAUCCGAGCUUUGGCGAGCCAUCUACAACAUCUUCCACGACAACAAGCCGGCCCGGGUGAUGCAACUUGAACACCAAUUCCGCACCACCACGAAGGGUUCUCUCUCCAUCGCCGCUUAUUGUCAAACCCUACGGAAUCUUGCGGAUUGGUUGGAUGAUGUAGAUGCCACCAUCUUUGAACAACAACUUGUUCUUCAAGUCUUGCGUGGCCUCCCGGAUGAUCUUCGAGCACAAACGUCAUUCCUUCAAUACCAAACGCCCCCGACCUUUCUCCAAACCCGCUCGGCCCUCCUCUUAAUUGAACAACAACGGGCUGAAUUGGGCGUCGGUAGCAUCACGGGGGAUGGCGGCACAGCGUUAUACGCCGACAGUGGAGGCCCGCGGUGGCAUGGCAGCGCCGGUUGCGGGCAGUCGGAAUCCAGCAGCGGGGGAGGCUUCGGGCAGCAGCAGCAGUACUCCCGGCACCGUGGCGGUAAUGGUUCUAAAGUCCGCACUACAGCUAUUGGUAACUAUAAAUUCCCCACAUCCCCUCCCUUUAACUUACAAAAUAUUCUUGUCUCCCCCCAUAUUAUCCACAACCUUAUUUCUGUUCGCCAGCUCACCCGUGACAAUAAUUGCUCUAUUGAAUUUGACUUCACUGGUUUUUCUGUGAAGGAUAUGCUGACGGGAACCGUGAUUCAUCGGUCCAAUAAUGCUGGCCCUCUCUACCCCAUGAGCCAAUCCACCGCCCAAGCCCAAGCCCAAGUCAACGUUGUCACCGGUAUGGCAGACGAACGGAAGAAGAAAAAGGUUAGAGGUGCAGGGAAGUGCGAGAAGCUGUAUAAGAGGAAGAGGGAGGGUCAGCCACCUAUAGAGCUUGAGUGGGAGCGUGGGGAGCCUGAUAUAUAUGUGAUACCUCCCGGUGGGGCCCAACAUGUCAUAACGGUUUCCGCGUUGAGACAUCGCGCUUUCAAGACAUAUUUACGAGGAGCCUAUUUGACGGAGGGUGGGGAGCAUUACAGUAAGACUCCCAUAGAGCCAGAGCAUUGGGAGGCUUUGAGCGAGAAGAACAGGGAUAUACAGAAGAAGAAUCCCUAUCCGCAAUAUAUGGGCCGGGGUGGAUAUGCCAUGCUUCAGCGUGAGUUGGCCGCUACUUCUCAGGCCCAGCUGAAGAAAGAGGUCACAGCCGGUACCUUUGUUCCAGAUGGGCACAAUGAUGUACUGACUAGAGCUUUAGGGACUGCCGAGCACCCGAGGCGGACGAGGGGUGUUGGGUCAUAUUCGGGCUUACGUAAAGUUUUCAAAGGUAACAUGAAGCCUCGUAAGCCCGAAGACUUUGCAUCCAUGUCGCAGCACACACCUUCUGUAGCACCUCCUUAUCGACAGUGUAGUAGCAGGGCGUGUGCAGAUUUUGUUGACUUCGCCGAUCUCACUAAUGUUGAUGCUUGUUACUUGAGGAUCUCUGAUCCAGCCGAUUAUAUAGUGGCACAUGGAUCGGUUGUCCCACGUGCACCUGGAGUUGUGGUGCACGGUGUUCCCCUCCUUCCUCACCAGCCCCCGUUGCACACGGCUCGACAUGGCGACUUCUCAUCAAGCAAAUCCCGUCCUAUUCUCGAUGUACGCCCCACUGCUCUUCAUAGCUCUCCCGUACAGGAUGUUGUUGACCGGAGCUCAUACGUCUCAUUCGGGCCGAGGUGCAGAGAGUUGUGUCAGUGGCUGACACGCACAUCAGAUUUGCUUACCAUCAGCGUCAUUCUCGAUCCCGAGUCUAUGCUCUAUCCAGAGGAGAUGAAGCUGAGGAUGCAUUUAGAGAAUAUACAUGAGUUCAUGCGAUGGGAGGAGGUCGAUCAGACCAUCAUCAUUGUUUUCUUGAGAUUGUUGCACGAUCAUAUGAUGGAGCACGACAUCACGUCUGUCGGGUUGUUAUGUCCGGAGAACAUGACAUACGUGGUAGAUUUUGGAGAUCACCAGUAUCUGGAUAUAGCACUCAAGACCUAUCAAUCGCGACCCUAGAUACUUAUGUCGUUGUAUCUAUCGAUACCGCAUCAUUGGGUGUUAGUUGUAAUAUAUUUGUUUGAAAACAAAGUAUAUUUCCUAAACUCAAUCAAGGCGACCGGAGGGCAUAAGAAAAUGAAGGUGUUUCAGUCUACUUCGCCUUAUACUAGAGCCGUAUUAGAAUAUAUUAGAGAGUUUUGG